AAGUUCGUCUCGUAAAAAUCGAUGCAAGGCCUGGCAGCUUUUCAUACACAUUUUCUCGCGAGUAAGAAGCGUUUUUUGGGCGCCUAACAGACGAAGUGAUGUCACCACGUUUAGACCGUGUAUCAGAAACUUGACUAGCUCGACUCCCAGAAACCCCCAUACGUGUAGCAACAAGCGACUGCAAGCCAAACACGCCUUUGACAUUUGUGCGCGCUGUGCCGCAUCGAUGUCCGGAUAGCCUCCGCUCCCGAGAUGCCGGAGUUAUAGAACACGUUACCGGUCCGAUGGUAAAGCGCAAAAAGCCUGGAUCAUGCUCUGCACAGGAAGAAAAGCGCCCCGAAGACCCAUCAACGGAGGCUGGAAAGGAAGGAGACUCGUCGGCUCCCAAUCGCGCCGAGCCCGCUGCUGUUCAGCAGCUCGCUCGCACUCGUUCCCAAAACGCACCACGUCUCGGCUCUCCCAGUGGAGUGAACAGUGCAGCGGCCGGUGACGAUGGUGCGUCCGAGAAACAAGAGACCAAGAGUGCAGCGCCCGUGCAGCGUUCAAGUUUGCGCGUCACGAAGCGACCUCGAAAGGACGUCAGCCCGCCACCGAGUUCAUCCAACCAGCCGCCCUCCACCAAUGCGGCUGCGAACAAGAAAUCAUCCGCUGUGUCGAAGCAAAGUGGUGCCGAUGCUGGAAAGACGCGCCGCCCGUGGGAGUUGUGGAGCAUCGAGGACAAGAAUGCUUUCUUUGAAGCUGUUUGUGAGUUCGGGAAGGAUUUCGAGAGUAUUCAGUCAUACAUCGCUCAGCGUAGCAAAAAGAAAGGUGUGCCCGCACACUGCAUUAAGAAUAAGGACCAAGUGCGACAUUUCUACUACAGGACAUGGCACAAGAUAGCGAAGGUCAUGGACAUUGGGGAGGGCCGAGAAGAUGUCAAGAAGCAGACGCAGGAACUAUAUGGGCUCAUCAACUAUGCGGAACUGCGAAAAAAAUACAGCGCAUGCAUUAAUCAGAAAAGUGGGCAGCUUCUCACCGAGCUAGUUUUGACUGGUUCAACCUUGGUGAAAAUCCGGGGCAAACGGAUUCGCAUCAAGACUCCAGUGUGCCGAGCCCUAAAGAAAAUCAACAAUGUCGACACAAAGGACGAGCCGCCCAAGCUUCCAGCAGACGUGUGGGUCGAGUUCCGGCCUCGCACCAAUGCCGCCUGGGUGCAGGUGCAGUCUCUGGCUCAAAAUCCUCGGGUGCGCACGAAGACGAGCCUGCAGCGCCGACUCUCCAACGUGCUCGAACACUUGCAGGCGCGGUGGAAACCACUCCGUUUGAGACAGAAGGAACAGGCAGUGGCCAGCCUGGCAGGCACAGACUGCAAGUUACUGGCCUCAAUGGAGCCCGAGGUGGCACAGGAGCUGCGGGUCUGGCCCAGCACACCCAUAUCGCCCGUCAGCAUCUCUGCCAUGGCAUCAAGCUUGGACGUGUCCUUCCAGUGCCACCGCAAGAAGGCUGCCACCUUGGCGGACGGGCUGAAGUCGCGCCCCGCCAAGCCCACCAAACAGUCGCGAGGCAUAAAGGCGGCGGCAUCCCAGGCCGCAGCUUCAUCUACAGCGACCGCAAAUGCAGCGCAAGAUUCGACAAUGGAUACUGCCGUUGUCACUGAUCCUGCUCAGCAAAACAGCAGCAGCAGCGGCGGUGAGACGCCUUCACAGGGCAGCAGCGUUCCGUCCUCCCCACCACCACCUGCGGGACAGGUGGAAGAGAAUCCAGAGGACGAGGCCGCAAAGUCAUUGACCCUGCUGCGCAGCAUGCUGGAGCCAGACCCCCCGGCGACAACGACGAGCACCGUCCAGGGGACACAGAGAUCGGCCACUCCCAAUGCCGCGUCUUCCCCACCGCCGGUGCCGAUGACGCCGGCCCCAAUGCCAGCAGCCAUUGAAAGUGUUGAGAGCAUUCUGGCAGACGGCAGUGCGGUUGCGGGGGGCCUGACGCUGGGCCAGCUACUGGGCAAAGCGGCCGAGGAAGCUCGCCAGGGAGGCGAGGAGGAAGAGGAUGAGGCAGCAGAGGAGGCCAAGAGGAAGAAGAAGCGGGAGGAAGAAGAGCAGGAGGAGAAGAAAAGCCAGCAGGAGCUGGAGGAGGAGGCCAAGAGGAAGGAAGAGGAAGAGAACGCCCGCGAGCGCAGCACCAAGGGAUGGACGGCGCAGGAGGCUGGGCUGAUGACCAUCGGCGAGCUCUACCUCAUGAUGGGCUGCCCGAGCAAGAUAAUUCUUCACUACGAUUUUUGUGCUGUGGAGCAAAAGGUUGACAGAAAGUCCAAGAUCAGCCUCGAGUGCACAACCAUGCUCAAAAAAUUGCUCAGCCUUGCAACGGUCAUGUUUGCUGAGAAGAGCAAGCAGGGUCCCCUGUCGCCACCUGCUGGCAGAUGUGGCAGCAGCACUGGAGUAGGAGGAGGGCGGGGCACUGCUGCUGUCAGUGGCACGCCUCCUUCUGGCAAAAGUGGCAGUGGGUCCGGCGGAGCACGCAGUGCCGCCAACGCCGGAGGCACCCCGCCCUCAGGCAAGAGCACGGCGAGUCGCGCCCUCGGUCGUAGCCCGUCGACGCGCACGGCACAGCGGCCCACGUUGCAGCAGGUGCAGCAGGCGCAGGUGCUGGAAAACGCAGCCGACGGGGCAUCGGCCAACCCAGGCACUGGCACCGACCAGCACGUAUUUGUGGUCCCCAUGGGGAUGGCACCGCGGGCACACAAGCAGGCUGGGGUCCCAGUAGUGGCCACAGACAUUACACAUCAGGAGCAACUGGACAGACUGGUUCCAGGAAACAGGAGAGGCAUGCGCUUGCGCACAACGCGGAAGCCGCUGGUGGUCCAACGGCCCCUACUGCCGCGUGCCGACAGGCGUCCCGUCACACUGGUGCAGCUACUGCCCUCAACCCAGGCCACACUGGCAGCUGUAGUGCAGCCUUUGGCAUCGGAUCCCCUGCCUCAGGGCAAAGGGAUCGUCAAGCUCAUCCAUCCAGCAGCUGCCACGAGCAUUGCAGGGGCUACAUUCGACAUGCAGCCCGUGCAGGUGCCACUGAUCGAUGCCAGCAGCGUGGCCAUGUCGGUGUCGCCGUCGGGGCAUCCCGUCACCACCAGCAGCCCUGCUGUCAUGGAGGCCACCAGCACAUCCGCUGUGCUGGUGGCCUCACAACAAGCUCACACGGUGGCUGUCGUUCAGAAUGCGCCACAGACGACAAACCUGGUGGUGGACGAACCACCCGUCCUGGCUCUGGCCGAAAGUGCAGAAGCGACUAAGACCCUCGCUGGCGAUGCAUUGGAUGUUGCUUCUGUUGCUGCUGCUGCUGCUGCUGCUUCACCAGUCAGAGUUCAGCCCCUUUCACCACCAAACAUUUCAUCUUUACUUGACAUUUCCUUACCUGAAAGUCUUCCAUCAGAAGGCACAACUGCACAGAUUUUGGGAGAUGCCACCAGUCUACCAAGCUUGGGAUCAGAGCUCUCUGGUCUCUCAGCCCUUGACGCAGACGGUCCUGCAGUCGAAGCCAGCAAUCCUCUGCCAAGCUUUACCGCAGUCGCAGACUCAGAUCUUGCCUCUGCCUUCAAGCUGGCCUGUGAAGAAGUGUCUGCUACUCCUGUCGAGAAAAGUGCUGUCAUUGACAAGACGGAUGGUUUGACUACACCGCCCAUGAGUCCAUUCAAGCUUGUCCCUUCAGCACCAGAUCCCAAUUGGCUGAAUGGAGAGGGUUCAAACUUCUCGCUGAGUUCCCUGCUGAACACACUGGACUCGCCACUCAAGGUGACCCCCCCUGUAGGAUCACAGUCAGUGGUGCCCGAGCCCCCUGUCCUAGCCUUAGAGAACUCUAGCCUGGACUCCAUCUCAAGGCUGGCGCCUGACGUUGACACCCAGCUGCAGUGCCUAAUGAACGAGAACAGUGUGGACUACGUCGCAAAGUUUGCUGACCUCGCUGCACAGAUUGCCUCGUCCAAUUCAGAGGGCAAAGCCACGUAGAGAAUGGGGAUUUCAUUCUCUCGACUCACUCAUCUGUACAUAGCUGUGUACCAUAGAACUGUUGGAAGCCAUAAUUUAUUGCACUUUUGUAGUGUUCACUUUGCUAAGGGUGUAAAUAGGACCUGUGCUGUGUUUACUGCGGAACGCAAUACCACGAUGUGGCACGAACACUUUUGUGUGUGUUACAGGAAGCCCGGAAGGUUUUGCUACUCUUUCUGCCCUUUCGUUUUCUUCUCGUUACAAGUGUUUAAAGUGUGCAGAAGAGUAGCGCAGCUGUGUGUAGUAGACAACGAUUAUCUGUCGGCUCACGUUCAUGUACGGUUCACUCCGACACGGUUAGUGGGCAAAAGCUGUCUCGUGUGUUGAAGCUGUCGCUGUCAUGUGUAUUCUCGCUGGUCAUUGAACACUGCUGUUGAGCUUACCGAGAUGUGUUUGGGUUUAUCGGAAGUCGCAGCCAGUUAAAUUAAAAGUGUCAGAUAAUUGGGAUCAUUUAGUGUUCACUGCGUGACCAACUGCCUUCAGGAGCCCCAUGUUUGCACGCUAUGACACCCAUACGAGUGCAGCUGUUUCGGGAGCUCACCAAGCAAGGUGCAAGCCAGUAACAUACCUUCUUUAGUUAAUUUGUCUCUAGCAGCUAAUGGCAGGAAUAACACAGACAAACUUUGCUACGACAAAGCUGCUCCCAAAAGAAAAUGCCUGUCAUAUGUAAUAUUUGUUAUAAUCAUAUACAUAUUAAUUUUAUGCUGAUAUUGGCAGCAUUUAAUAUUUACUUUGUUGUCUCGUUUAUAUAUAAUUUGUUAUAGUUUUGUUAAUAACAUUGAAAUUUGACUGACUGCAGAAAACUCUAAAGUGGUCUUGUGCACAUGACUCAAGUGCUCCUGCUGAAGUGGCAAAAAGAGCUGGGAAAGCAUGCUCCAGGAGACUUUGCCUCGACUUGCUUACUUGUUUGACUGUGAGGUCACUGGCAAUGUUCGAGCCAUGUGGUGAAGCAUGCUUUCGGGUUCUUGUGUAUUGUCUGUUUCAUCGGUAUAUUGCUCUUUUGAUUCUCAAUUGUUGAGUCGUACAAAUUGCAGCACUCUUGUUAAUCUAGCCAGUACAAACGGAUCUCGACAGAUUCAAAGCCAGUGUUCUGUGACCUUCGAUAUUACACUCGUGACACCAGUAGUAUUGUAGUAAUAUGGAUGGAGGUGUUAACCGCUGUUUUAAUCGUUGAUUUUGUUGAAGAGGUUAUCUUUAAGGCAAAGUACAAAAACCUCUGCUGCAGCUCUCUCAGCAAGCAAAGUACGCAGACCACUUUAGAAAGAGUUCUGCAUUUAUGCUGCAGAUUUAUAUUUUACUUUGUUGCAUUUACUGGAAACUGUCUCUUGAGAUGGCACAUAGGUAACUCGUCUUGAUUGGGAGCUGCUGCAAUUCACCUGUCAAUUUUAGGCCACAUACUUGGGACACAAAAUAUUGCAGGACGCUGGCUGCUAGUGCUGGGUGCUUCAGACACCUUUCCUAUGUCUGAGCCUCAAAAGGCCCCUCAUCAGACCCUUUGACAAAGUUUAGUUAUACAAUGGAAACCUAUAGGGCAUUUUACUUGUAAUUUUUCAGAUUCGUUAAUUGUUAGACAAUGUAGAAAAAGUUGAAAUGUCAUGUAGCCAAGCUAUUGGGAGGUGAACCACUGCCAACAAAGGCUCUUCGCUGCUCUGCCUUGACUGGCAUCCUUUUUCAAAAUUGCCUUUUACAAAAUCGGAGCCGAAAGACUGCGUCACGCUUGUGUUACAAACCCAGCCUUCUCUUCUUCGUUCUGUUUCUCUUUUUUGUUAGUGGUGUACUUCCAGUUGCAGCAUUGUGCAUUCUUCAUUGAAUGGCUUUCUCAUCACCUGCUGUAGUCGGCAACUUUGCUGGCAGUUUGUCUAGUGUGGAAAAACUUGCGCAUGUGACUUGUACUGGAAGCAGGAUCUCCUUGAGAGCAAAGGGCACGCUGGCUUUUGGUUGAAAUUUCAGCUAUUUUUAUACUGUUUAUUGCUUCAAUACUUUGCGGACAGGAUUGUUGGAAUACGAUGUACGUGUGCACUGCACUUGUCUGUAAUUUCCAAAUCGCGAGGGGCCCUUUAUGAGGUAUAAGGAAACGCACUUGGCUCAAUGAGAUUUCAUGUGUUUCACCUUCUCAGCAUAUUAUGAUUCACACUGCAAGGCUGCUCGUUCCAACAUUUCAAAUUCCAGUGCAGACAAGUUCUUUAGGUAAAAGAAGUAUUGUAAUGGUUUUCCAACAGCUGGCAGGACUACCCCUGCAUUUACUUAUGCGAAAGAAGCGUGCCAUUCAUUCUGCCUGGUCAAAGUACAGGAGUACAUGAUGGUGACCUGCGCAACGGCAUUCAGAAAAAAACAAAUGAUGCAAUUAUUCAGUGAAUUUUUUUUUGUUAAACAAUGAUAGCAAAAAGCCUUAGAAGGCUAAUAGAAUAACUUGCGGGUUUUUCACAUGAAAAGGUGUAGUAUUUGUGUGAACUGUAAGCACCUUGUGUAGUGGACUUCAAUGACAUUGUAACGGAAAAAGUGUGCUACGGUUGUACUACAGCUUGUUGCCUAGCUGGAGAUGUCGUGGAUUUAGUACCAGUCUCUAAGUACAUACGGGGACAAAAGUUUUGCCGUGAUGGUGACACGAGCUUUACGAAAAAAGAAAGCUGUAUUCUAGCUUUGCCCGAGAAGAUAGUCUGAUUACAAGUCUCAGCCUGCAGCAGCUUUUGUGACCCACAAAGUUAUUCAUUAAAUUAGAAGGGCCAUGCAUUAACAGAGCAGUUCACGUCGCACAGACUUUUGUCCCCUGGAGUACAAGAUUCUGUCGAUGCAGACUCUGUGACUCGGAAGCGUUUACGUGUCAGUUGCGACAAGAGUACACAAAACAGUUCACUGAGUGUACUAAGCCGGCAUAGUGUAGCAAUUCUAUUACUAGCAUCGUUUCUUUUCAUGCCUCACCAGCGCCCGAGUGCACUGUUAAUGCGAUCAGUCGGCCUUGCAUGGUAGACGAUAAGAAUUGCAUAAAAUUGAGCGGAAGGAUCGCUACAUUACGUCAGCUCUGGUUUCUAUCCGAUUUUAUAAGAGUAGAAACGUACAAACAGUAGCGUUAGCAGUUUGUCGCUUUCAUAUCCAACUAAUGUUGUCAAUUUGGUAUAUGAUUUCAGUUUGUGGAAAUCUGAAGAGCUUUGUAUUCUUUAAAAGCCUGCUAUUUGCGGGCAGCCAUAAUAAAUUUAGUGACGAGAGCAGCCAGAUUUUCUCGAUCUACAUGAAUAGGAGCGCAAUAAUCACUUUCUGCUCUUCCCUUCAUCUCAGUCAUUGUCUUCGGUGAUGGCAGUGCUGGUAAAAUUGCCCAGCUCUCUUGCAUGCCUCAUCUUUUUCUUUCCCAUAUUUUUUCUUUUUCCUUUUUUUUUUGUGUGUUUCCGAUGUACCUCAGACAGAGCUCCCCAUAAGGCAAUGACACAAAUGAGAUUUGUUAGCCCUAGUUAUUGUUUGUUUCCCUAGUUAUUCGACAGAUCUGUAAAAAGGUACAUACACAUGAUAGCUUGUGUGUUAAGGAAAGAAGGGAAUUUAUGGGCUCGUUUUUCUUUUUUAGACACUACCUUAAUGAAAAUUUGUGGCCACAAACGAUCACCUCGUGACCAUGGUGUCAAUGGGUUGCUGCCACCUUACAAAGCCUGAAGUUUCAAAAAUGGUGGGAAGGUGACUUCUUUUUGAAAAGACGGGAAAUCAUCUCUGCAUCCUCUUUGUUAGCCAAGUGCACCGCAUCUAACUACAAACUUGGCUUAAGUGUUCACGUAUCUUUUUCAGUAAAUAUGCGUGUACGAUUUUUGCAAACAGCUUUUAUUACGGUAGCAACUAUAUGGCCAUUCCAGGCGCAUUUUUGCAGUCGCCGCUGCCAUUGUGUUCCGUACUAAUUCCAAAUUGAUAACAUCACCUAGUGCAUCAUAUGUUCUUUGUGCGAGUGAAGGCACAUGAGCGCUGCAGACGAACGCCACUCCAGCAGAGAUUAAACAAACCAGCCAUCUUUGUCGCGCGGAAGGUGUGUGGAGAUGGGAGCCGGAGGGGCUGGACUGCAUGGGUCUGGCAUGAACUGCAUACUUUGACAGAGCGGGCGUGGUCGCCUAUAGUCACGUGCGCCGUGCCCUGUAUCGUUAGAGGCUAUCAGCAGGUGGCUCACAGCUUUGUACAUGUUGUGUUCUCAUCACAGAGUUUGUGUUGAAGACAUAGGGAAGUGACAUGAGGGAGUCUACAUGAAAAGGAAGAGCGGUAAAAAAGAAAAAAAAAGCGCUGGGGCGGGGGGCUGCCGUGCAGCGUCUACAACGACAGUGUGGCCAUUCGUGGGACUGUAGGGGAUCAAAGUUGGGG